GCGGCAGCGGAACGCGGCCCGGCGAACGCGUGCCCUGGGGGAGCGGGCCCGGAGCGGGGCAGCCGGGGCUGGGGGAACCGCGGGGCUGCGGGAACCGCGGGAACCGCGCCCCGCAGGGCCCUGCUCCACCCCUGGGGCUGAGGGAACCGCGGGAACCGCGCCCCGCAGGGCCCUGCUCGACCCCUGGGGCUGAGGGAACGGCGCCCCGCAGGGCCCUGCUCCACCCCUGGGGCUGAGGGUACCGUGCGGCCCCUGGGACCCCGGUGCGCGGGCUCGGGCUCUCGGUUCUGGGCUCUGCAGCCGUUCACACCCGCCGGCCCCGGCCCGGCCCCAAGCGCCAAGGCCGCUGUCCCUGAGCUCCCGGUGCGGUGCAGAACGCCGGCCCCGCUCUGCUCGGCUGCGGUCAUGGCCGGCGCGGGGGGCCGAGCCCCGCUGGGUCUGCGGCGGUGGCUGUGCUCGGCCGCCCCGGCGCCCCGGGUCUGCGUGGUGGGCAGCGGCCCCGCCGGCUUCUACACGGCUCAGCACAUCCUCAAGCACCAUGGUGGGGCCCUGGUGGACAUCUAUGAGAAGCUGCCCGUUCCCUUUGGACUGGUGCGUUUUGGAGUGGCCCCAGACCACCCUGAGGUCAAGAACGUCACCAACACCUUCACGCAGACGGCGCGCUCGGGGCGCUGCGGCUUCUACGGGAACGUCACCGUGGGCAGGGAUGUGACGGUGCCGGAGCUGCAGCAGGCGUACCACGCCGUGGUGCUGAGUUACGGUGCUGAAGACAACCGGGUCCUGGGGAUCCCAGGGGAGAACCUCCCUGGUGUUUACUCAGCCCGAGCCUUCGUGGGCUGGUACAACGGGCUGCCUGAGAACCAGGAUCUAAAGCCUGACCUGAGCUGUGAGACAGCGCUGAUCCUGGGUCAUGGCAAUGUGGCACUGGACAUUGCCCGCAUCCUGCUGUCCCCACUGCAGCUCCUCAGGAAGACAGACAUCACUGACAGCUCCCUGGCAGCUCUUGCCUGCAGCAAGGUGAAGCGUGUCUGGCUGGUUGGGAGGAGGGGACCUCUCCAAGUCGCUUUCACCAUCAAGGAGCUGCGGGAGAUGAUAAACCUGCCUGGUGCCAGAGCUGUCCUGGACCCUGCUGACUUCACAGGCCUCGAAAGUGCUGUCAAAGAUGCUUCCAGGCCCAGGAAGAGACUGACUGAGCUGAUGAUCAAAACAGCCCUGGAGAAGCCAGUGGAGAUGCAGGCAGGGGCAGCAGGGGCAGCAGCCCCCCGGGAGUGGGGGCUGAAGUUCCAGCGCAGCCCCCAGGAAGUGCUGCCCAGUGCUGAUGGGAGCAGGGCGAGGGGCGUCCGCAUGGCCCUGACCCGCCUCGAGGGCUCGGGUGACUCUGCCAAAGCCAUUCCCACUGGAGAUGUGGAGGAGCUGGAGUGUGGGCUGGUGCUGAGCAGCAUCGGCUACCGGAGCCUGCCGCUGGACCCGGCCGUGCCCUUCGACAGCCAGCGCGGGGUCAUCCCCAACAGCUCGGGCAGAGUCGAGGGUGUCCCAGGUCUGUACUGCAGCGGGUGGGUGAAGAGAGGACCCACAGGCGUGAUCAUCACUACCAUGAACGACAGCUUUGACACUGCCCAGUCUCUGCUGGAGGAUCUCCAGGGGGGUGUGCUGGAUAUAUCCCCUUCCAGAGAAGGCUUUGGGCUUGUGGAGAGCAUCCUGCACAGCCGAGGGGUCCGUCCCGUUUCCUUCUCGGACUGGGAGAAGAUUGAUGCUGCGGAAGUGGCGAGAGGCAAAGCUGCUGGCAAACCCCGGGAGAAGAUCGUGGAUCCUGCGGAGAUGCUGCGGAUCAUCGGUCACUGAGGCAGCCCUGGUGGGGCCCUGGCACUGCCCCAGUGGGACCGUCCUGGGGCAACACCAGUGGGUCAUGAGCAGAGCCAGGAGCACAGGGCUUCUGUCUGGGGCUGGUGGUGGCUCUGGAGGGGUGUGUGACACUGGGGCCUCUCUGGUAAUACCGAACUCUGGGUUCCCAAAGUCUCAAGACCUGAGGCUGUUGGCUGGCCCCACAUCCCUGCAGCCAGCUACCAUUCCUGAGGAUGAUUCUUGUCUGUCUUUGAAACAUUAAUGAAUCAUGCAGUGCAGGUGAAGGGAGGUGUGUGUGCACCUGGGGAACUCCUGACCAGCCUUUCUCUCACAGCAGGUCACAUGGAGAAGUUUCCCUGUGUCUUGCUGCCUCCCCUCUAAGCCACAAGCCAAAUGGGUUUGUUGCCUUGUCAUUCAUGCCAGAGCAGGCAUCUUUUAAUAAUGAUGUUUUUUAAAAAAUAAACCCUUCCAGGGAAGCCAAAAUGGACAUACAACUUGAGUCUGGGCUCUUUGUCUGCCACUGCCUUGACCUCAGAGCUGCAGCUCCUGCAAUGUCCCAAGGCAAGGCAGCUCUGGGUGCUCUCCACUUGUGAGCUCUACACAAGUAGAAAAGGGCAUUAAUUUGCUUUCUACUUCCCACAGUUAAUUUGCCUUCUGCUGCCCACAGUCUGUCUUACAGGGUAGAUUGGGAUAACAAGCAUGUAAUUGCCUUGUUCAGGAUCAUGAGGGAUCCUGUGUCCAUUGGUACCUGCCAGUGCUGACUGGUGCAAGCAGUGCCUUGAGCUCUUUCUCUCCUUUCACUGGUGGGGUUAUAUUAUUUUUUGUCUGUGUGUUUUGAAGCUUAUUAAAUGCUUCUCUUAGCCCAGAUUGCCUACGGUGACGGUGUCAGGUUUUAAGCCAGAUUACAAGCCGUGAGCUGUAAUCUCCUUUUAUCCCUGGCGCAGGGGCAGCGUCAGCGGGGCCCCUUCCCUGGCUGUCCCCAGCCCCCCCCCCCGUGCUCCCUGCCAGAGCACUGCAGGAUUGCAACCCCUCCUCCCUGGCCUGAAAUGGUGACAAUGGCAGUGGCUCUGUGAUGGAGGCACAGGAGAGAUCGAGCUAGGGCAACCUCCACCUCAGCCCAGCUCUCACGGCAGAGGACUUGCCCACAGGGCACUGUUCUCUCACCUCAUCUCUGACUCAACUCAAGGAAGGGAGAUCUCUGACUUCUCCCUAUUUUUCCCUUUUUCUCUCCCAUACUUUUCUAUUUAAAUCUCAUUUGAAAGCUCAUUAAGAAACUCAGGAAAUGUGAUAAUGGGAACUCGUACUCAAACGAGCAAUAAAGCUUUUGUGGAACAGC